UACAACCCCAAAUAUCUUAUCCUUUCUACUCGAGGGGAUAACAGAGCCUUUUUGUUCUUUCCAAAAUCAUUUCUCUUUCUAUUUAUGCAGUUGUGAAAAGUGACCCCCAUUCAUUUAUCAGAAAAAAAAGGGAAAAUGUUUGAACACAUAACAGCAAGUGAAAUAGCAGGAUUUGGGGUGGGCGCUUUAUUACUUGGCGCCACAGUUUAUGCUCCCAAAAUUGACUCCUUCAUCUCCACUUCUCAGCGUAGUUCACUGGGGAUGUGCAAAAGAUGUGGAGAUUUGAGGCUGAUAGCAUGUUCAAGCUGCAAGGGAUCUGGUACUAUUAAAGGAGGACCAUUAAAUUUCAUUCUGUUGGAGGACAAAUCAAAAGCAGGAUCCUCUUCUUCUUGUACUAAAUGUCAAGCUAGAGGACACUUUCAGUGUCCCGAGUGUUCUAAACUUAGUCAGGCUUGAUCUACUUUAUACUAUGUAAUCUUAGAUUCGUUGUGGAUGCUUCUUGGGAAGUUUCUUCUUUACUGUAUAGAAGAUAAAUGCUUCUGUGGUGGAAUCUGUCAAAAUUUCUUCAUAGACAAAAGUUAUACAAUCAGCUUGCAUAAUUGCUGUUGGGUUCUUGAAAUGUUAUAUACUCAUACUAUUAUAUGACA